AUGGAUUCCACUUCCCAUUAUAAUCUCGCCAUAGCCAUUGAUUUUCCGCAGUGUUUAUUAUAUUCGUCAUUUACAGGUCCUCCUCCGGAAUACGACUCCAUCUUUUCACAAACGAACCCGAAUCCUCGCAGGUUGACGGACAAUCCAUAUCUCCAAGAUGACAGAAACCUAUGGGAAAAACUUCAUGAAUGGUUUGAAAUGUCCAUUUUACAACAGAUUAUAUGGCUGGCAGCUCUGGCUUUUUCUAUAUCAUAUAUUUCUUACGGAUUAAAGUAUGAUGGAGGCUGUUCCUGGAAAGUUUUCAAUAACAAUUCAGAAGUAGUGGAGGGAGAGGAUCUCCCUUCUUUCAUACAGACUGAGGGUAAGAUCCUGUGUGUCGCUAUCCUAUACGUAUUUUUAUGUCGAUUUCGUACCCUGUUGGAGAGCUGCCGUACCGAACGUCAAUCUAGGAAUGAAUUUGAGGGAAAGAAAAACUGUGAUUGGCUUCUGUUUAUCAUUGGCCCGGCAACGUACAUUAUUAAUUUCGGUUUUUGUGUCACAGGAGCCACAAAAGUUUUCCAUUUUUAUGACGAGAAAAACUUUACAGAAUUAAAAGAAAAAAAUGAAACGUAUACGAUGAAAUGCAACACAGAUUUCUACAGCUUUUAUUAUAAUGCCAAAAUAAUAGAACUAGUUGUGUUAAUAUCGUACACUCUUUACAUCUUUAUUGCCAUGAUUUAUAUACCAUGUCUAAAAAAAAGAUGGUUUCUACGACGCAAAUGGCGUCAAUGGGUCAGACUUCUUGACGCAGACCAAGAUGGCGUCAUCAGCGCUGAUGACAUGGAAAGGACCAACGUCAAGCUGGAACAGAUUCGUAGACGUGUUGGUGAUAGAACUACUCCUCUGUCUGCUGAAGAACAAAAGAGAUGGUGGAACGAAUACAUUUAUAAGGGCGUUUCUGGAGAAAGCAUAGCGAUGUCUAAUUACGUAUUUUGGUUGGAAUCAAGCGCUUCUCCUCAUGAUAUGGCAAGCAAACUCAGACCAAUGGUUACGGAGUUUUUUAACUUCUUCUCCACGGAGGAUUUUCGGAAUAAAAAUAUCAUCAUGAGUGAAGAAGAUUUUGUCAAGUUUUGGGCCAUUCUUGCUGGAGUCGACGAAUGUCAUUGCAGAGAAAUAUUUGCUAAGCAUUUUCCUUCACCACUAACGAUGGCUUUAUUCUUGGAAGACUUUGUGGUUUUUCUUUCACAGCAUGCAUCUUGGAAUGAAUAUAGCCACAGAGUAUUUAACGUUCUGAAAUAUAAAGAUACUAGGUGCUGCAGAGUGUGAAUAUUUUCAUAAACUUUUUCAUACGGCAUCAACAUUUAUCUCUGUUAUUUUGUUACAGAGGUGGAGUUUUCAGAAAUAAAAUUACCAAGUAAAUAUGGCAUACGGAAUACAUUCUGCUCAAUGCAUGUUUUUUUUUUUUUAAUUUCCCUAGAGAUAUUUUUAUGAAAAAUCUCAUCAAUGUAUUUUUUCCAGAAAGGGGUGAGGUAGAUGUUUAUCUGCCUUUCCACGUUACACGUACCUUCAUAUAGUAUUACACUGUCUAUGACUUAUUAUACGGUUGGAGACAAUCGUUUUAUUCCAAAAGCCAACCAUUUCAAGCUGAGACAGGUGUUUGUGUUCUGAAACUUGCAUCUAUACGGGGAUUACAAAAAUGUGAUAUACGCCGACAUAUGUAAAUUAUAUAUCUUAAAGUUUAUAAUUAUUGUUUAAAUAUUGUUUUAAUAUAGGAAAAGUAUUAGAACAAGCCAAAAAGUCACUAUGUACCAUACAUGC